AUGGAGGGGGGCUCGUCGAGCACAGGAGGAGGCGGUGGGGGCGGGCAGCAGCAGCAGAAGGGACGGCCAGUCAUGUUGCUGUUCCCAGGGGGCCGGUCGGCGCGCAUCCCCUUCCCACGCGACCCCGACGACCUGGGGCAGCGAAUACUCAAGUUCGCCCACGGCGCCAUAGACCCCCUCCUCUUGAAGGCGUAUGAGAAGGACGCCGACGGGUUCUACCCCCAGGUGGACCUCCAGGACUUCUUCGACAUCUUCCCUGAUGGCGGAGUGACGCUCUACAUCACCAACGGGGAGGACUUUGACGAGGAGCUGUUUCGCAAGCCCGGCAGCGCACCACAGCCGAGUGGUGGCGAUCAGCAGCAGACCAGCGGCCAACCAGCGGCCUCGUCGCUUGGGUCUCCGUCCCCGUCGGGCAGCGGAGCGAUGGCCGCAGUGGCAGUCGCCGGGGAGGCGCGGCCGGGCGGCGGCGGGGGCCUGGUGGUGGACGAGCAGCAGCUGACCAAGCUCGUGGACCAGCUCGCACGCAACCUGAACCGCGGACGCGACGACUUCUGGCUCUCCUCGUUCGGCUCCACGGAUUGCGUGCCGUGGGCUGUGUUCGUGAAGGGGUUCUGCGCCCACUUCCAGCCCAUGUACCAGCGGUUGGCCAAACCCGAGAACGUGCAGGAGGAGAUCAAAAUACUCCUUGAGGCCGAGGGCGUGGUCACCCUGCAAACGUGGCAGCGGUUCACGCUUUGGUCCCACCCCAUCGAGAAGGUGGUCCAGAUCAUGGAGGACCUGCGCGAUCGCGGCCUCAUCUACCACAAGGGCUUCGUGGGGUUCCGGCGGCAGGAGGAGGAGGGCCGGCUCGUGGAGGACCUCAUGGCGCGCGACCACUCGUCCCACGGUGUCCUCCUGCGGCUGAGCGAGACCUACGCCCACCAACACGGCAUCUGGCUGACCAUCGUGCAGCGGAGGGAGAGACGAGCGCACCCGGAGAGGAUGAACUACCUGCUCGAGAACUGCCCCCUCAUCUACUACAAGCUCUUCUCGGGAUUCACCAUACCCACGUACACGGGCAACCAGGUCUUCGACUCAGUCGACAAGCUGGUCAACUACGUAAUCGUGGAGCGGGCGAGCACCAUGAAGGAGUACGUCACGAAGGAGCUGCGGGAGGCUCUGCGCAGUUCGACCCGCAUAAUGCCCCUGCGCCACUACUACUACUGCCUCAAACGCAAGGAGUCGGAGAUGCGGGAGGGAAGCAGCGCCAACCACCACGCCGCCAAGAGCGGAGGGGGCUCCAUUCUACUCAAAUUGAAGGCCAUCGCAGAGGCAUUCGUGAACACACCACCCGACGCUCUACACUCGCGAGAGAUUGUGAGGCAAAUUCAGAAGCUCCACCUCAACGCGGCCAAGACAGCCACGUCUCUCGAAAGAGAGCUCAUGAUCAAGCUCCUCUUCAUCAUUUCCACAUGCUCUCGUCUCGAGGAAUACAAGGAAUGUCUGGAGGAGGACGACGUGACCGAGGCCAACGACGACAGCCUCAACAUGAGCUCCGAGUCCGAGUCCGAGUUCCUGUCCGGCACGUCGUCGCCGGCCGUCAAGCGGUUGAAGCUCUACGGCCUGCAGGUGCAGCAGCCCACCUCCCAGGAGGACGAAUCGCUCUUCGUCUCCCUCUCCAUCCAGAUCUGGGGCACCGUGCACAACGCCACCUACCUGCGCACCAAGGUCGUGGAGUGGCUGCUCGACCAGGCCCCGUCCACGAAACUGGGCGAAGAGGAGGUGCUGAUCGAGGAGCUGAUGGCGGGUACGGACAUCCGGCAGUACUGCGACACCAUCGACCAGCGGCCCACCUCUGGCGACGUACUCAUCCUCGCCGCCAUCGCCGACGUAUUCAAGCGGCCGGUGAUGAUGAUCACGUCGCUCGAGGGGGACAGGCACGUGGUGCAGAUCACGCCUCGCGAUCCCAUCACGCCGCGGCCGGUGCUCAUCGCUCACGUCUGGCCCCACCACUACCAGCCCCUCGCUCCCUCCCCGCACGAGCUCGAGGAGAUAGAACCCAUCGGGCGGGGAGCUCAGGCGUCGGUCAUCCGCGGUCGAUACAAAGGACUCCCGGUGGCCAUCAAGCGGGUGGUGCUCACCGACAAUGCCGACCUCACCGAACACGCCUUUGAACGCGAACUCACCCUGCUGCAAAAGCUGCACUGUCCGGCGCUGAUCCAGUUCCUGGGGGCGUGCCUGGAGUCGCCGCCGCGGCUAGUGUUCGAGUUCAUGUCGGGCGGGUCCCUGCACGACCUCCUCCACCACAACCUCGCCUUCCGCGAGGCCAUCGCCGCCGACCCCAAGCUGCUCGUCCACCUCGCCCUCAACAUCGCAACCGGCAUGCAGUUCCUCCACGCCAGCAAGAUCACCCACUGCGAUCUGACACCGAACAACAUCCUGUUGGACGAACACCGCAAGGCCAAGGUGGCCGACUUUGGGCUGGCCCGGCUGCUUCAGGCCCCCGGCCACUUCGACCAAACCGGUCACUUUGCGUACGUGGCACCAGAGAUCUGGGAGGCCAAGACCGCCGCCCACUUCAGCUACGCCAGCGACGUGUUUAGCUUCGGGAUGGUGCUGUGGGAGAUGUGGGCGCGUCGGGUGCCCUACGAGAAGCAGUACGCAGAGAACGUGGGGCGGGGCGCCGAGGUGCCCCGCGCCUACAUCGCCGACGUGGGCACGGGCUGGCGACCCGCCCUCCCCAGCAACGUCCCACCCGCCUGGCUCGAGCUCAUCCACCUCUGCUGGCACCAGGACCCGAGCCGGAGACCCACGUUCGCCGAGCUGGCGAGCGAGGAGGGGCCGCUGCGUCGCAUCGAACGCGUGCUGGGCGGCACCGUGCCGUUCCCGGCCAACAUCAGCCCUGCGCCGGCGGCUGGUGGCGGUGGCGAUGGUGCCUUCCCGUACACCACCUCGCCGUCGGGCACCUGCACUGGUGAGGAUGCCAAUGCCGAAGCGGAGGCGGAGGAGGCCAUCAAGCAGCUCAACCUGCGGGACGUGUACUAA